GUGUCGGCCGUGGCGAGGGGCUCGGGCGCGGGGGGUGGGGGGACGCGGAGCGAUGGCCCGCGCCGGCCGCUGGGGCGGAUAAAACCCCCCCGUCGCGCCGCGGGUGUGGGCCGGAGGGAGGAGACGGUGCCCGAGCGCCACCACAGGAGUAUGACGGGGCUGUACGAGCUGGUGUGGCGGGUGCUGCACGCGCUGCUCUGCCUGCAGCGCACGCUCGCCUCCUGGCUCCGCGUUCGCUUCGGCACCUGGAACUGGAUCUGGCGGCGCUGCGGCCGCGCCGCCUCCGCCGCGGUCCUAGCGCCGCUCGGCUUCACGCUCCGCAAGCCCCCGGCCGUCGGCAGGAACCGGCGUCAUCACCGGCACCCUCGCGGGGGACCCGGGCCCGCCGCCACCCACCCCCGGCUGCGCUGGCGCGCGGACGGCCGGUCCCUGCAGAAGCUGCCGGUGCACAUGGGCCUGGUGAUCACCGAGGAGGAGCAGGAGCCCAGCUUCUCGGACAUCGCGAGCCUCGUGGUGUGGUGUAUGGCCGUGGGCAUCUCCUACAUUAGCGUCUACGACCACCAAGGUAUUUUCAAGAGAAAUAAUUCCAGAUUGAUGGAUGAAAUUUUAAAACAACAGCAGGAACUUUUGGGCCUAGAUUGUUCCAAAUACUCACCAGAGUUUGCAAAUAGUAACGACAAAGACGAUCAAGUUUUAAAUUGCCCUUCAGCAGUGAAGGUGCUGUCCCCAGAAGAUGGAAAAGCGGAUAUUGUGAGAGCUGCCCAGGACUUUUGCCAGUUAGUAGCUCAGCAGCAGAGGAGACCCACAGAUUUGGAUGUAGAUCUACUAGACAGCUUACUUAGUUCACAUGGUUUCCCUGAUCCUGAUUUAGUGUUGAAGUUUGGUCCUGUGGACAGCACAUUAGGCUUUCUUCCCUGGCAAAUCAGAUUGACUGAGAUCAUCUCUUUGCCUUCUCACCUAAACAUCAGUUAUGAGGACUUUUUCUCCGCCCUUCGUCAGUAUGCAGCUUGUGAACAGCGUCUGGGAAAGUAGUGGUUCCUGCUUGCAUAAUACGAUUUCAGACUUUUGGAGAAAAGGACCCAAUUGACUCUGAUGUUUACAAAGUACCUAUAAAACCUUGUACACACCUA